AUGAGCGUCAGAGUCGUUGCAAGAAUCAGACCACUCUUGAAGUCGGAACGAGAACUGGAUGUCAUUAUUCGGACAGGCUUCAACAACAAAGGAGAGAAGAAGAACACCGAGGACAGUAGAUCGUUGGCUGCACUGAGGGAUCGUGAUACGCUCGUGCGAAUUCCGAACCCGAAACAUGAGCACGAGGAGUACUCCUUCCAGUUCAAUGCAGUCUAUGAUGCAGAUGCCUCUCAGCAGGAGGUCUUCGAUGCUGAAGUUGCUCCCACCGUGAAGCAUCUUUUCAAUGGAUUCGACGUCACCUUGUUUGCAUACGGCGUUACAGGAACCGGGAAAACCCACACGAUGCGAGGUGGUAAAAGCCUUGCCGACAGAGGUGCAAUCCCUCGACUCCUCAGCACUAUCUAUCGACGCGGACGGAAGAUCGAGAAGGAUAGCGAGGGUGCUACUUCUGUGAAGGUCUCCUUGAGUUAUUACGAAAUAUACAACGACAAAGUCUAUGAUUUGUUUGAGCCCCCAGAGAAGAGGACAUUUGCAGGACUGCCCCUUCGGGACAACGGUGGAAAGACGGUUGUUGUGGGGUUGACAGAAAGGCCAUGUACGAGCUUGAAAGAGUUUGAAAUCCUUUACGACCAAGCAAACACCAACAGGUCAACCUCUGCUACCAAGCUGAAUGCUCAUUCUUCCCGAUCCCAUGCAAUCCUUUGCGUUAAACUCACGGUUACUUCCGGCGACAAAACACGAGUUAGCACUGCUUCCGCCAUUGACCUUGCAGGCUCCGAGGACAACCGCCGAACGGACAACGGGAAGGAGCGCAUGGUGGAGUCAGCAAGCAUCAACAAGAGUCUCUUCGUACUAGCCCAGUGCGUCGAAGCAAUGACCAAAAAGCAACAGAGGAUACCGUAUCGAGAGUCGAAGAUGACGCGAAUUCUAUCAUUGGGCCAGAAUCACGGAUUGACGGUCAUGAUCCUCAACCUCGCCCCUGUUCGAUCUUACCACUUGGAUACACUGAGCUCACUCAACUUUGCCAACCGGACGAAGAAGAUUGAGGUCCGCGAGGUGGAGAAUGAACCAAUGUUCAAAGGUCCUCCUAGGCCAGCCAUGCGGCCUUCUGUAGCUGCCCAGCGACAGCCUCUCCGGCCAUUGACGGCUUCAGUCAAUGCAAAUUUACCAGCACCUGGUACAACAGAUGCAUCGAAGCCUGCAGACAGCAAGCCUGCUAAGGCGUUCUCUGUUUACUCGGAUAAACCCCAGCCAAGUCAUUCGGCACAAUUCAAGAAGCCUGAAGUUCCCAAGCGGACAUCCUUUAGUUCCAAUGCUCCUCGAACACAACCAUCGAAGAUCGGCCGUCCUUCCCAAACAGCAACACAACAGCAGACCAACCACGAAGAUAUCUCCGCUGCCAAAAUUGAGGAAAUGGUGCAGAAGAAAGUUGAAGAGAUCCUCGCUGUCAGAGCUGUUAGCGAACAGACAAGACAGACACAGGUCCGCGAGCUUAAUGAGCAAGUCCAAAAGCGAUUGGAAUCUCUCGAGCAACGCAUCGAAGGCUCCGAGGAUGCAAGAGCUGAAGGGCUAUCGUAUUUACUCAUGGCAAAACAACACCAGGGCCGUGGUGAGGACCAUUCCGCAUUGAAAAUGUACCAGUUAGCAUUACCAUUCUUCCCCAACAACGAGAAGCUGGCCAUGAAGAUUUCACGCCUGGAAGAGCGUCUGUAUGGCUCGCGCGGUCAGGAAAACACAUGUUCUGCUACCCCUGCUUCUCCGCCCGCAAAGAGGGGACUGGGAAGCAUGCUGUCAAUCAAGAAGCAGCCCCAGAAACCCCAAAUCAAGCGCGCGGCCGACCAUUUGGACAAGGAUUACGAGGAGCCCGAGGCUGCCUCUGAAGCUCCUAGCGAAGACGAAAUCCAGGAUACCUCUCGCGCCCAAUGCAGGAAGCGCGCAAGGACCAUCAAAGUCGCAUCGAGCGACAAUGAGGACUCAGAUGUAACUGAACGUGAUAAAGACGCUCCCUCACCGCGUACAAUCCACCUCCUAUCUGUCGUCAACUCCCGCGACGUCAACCAAAUCAAGUUACUGAAGGGCGUUGGCGUCAAGAAAGCCGAGGCUAUUGUUGACUGUCUGUGCGAGAUGGACCAGAAAAUAGAGGAAGGAGAAGAGGCUCACGCCCAGGUCAAAAACAUCUUGGAAUUGAGCAAUUUGAAAGGUGUUGGGGCAAGGACAGUCCAAAGCAUGAGAACCGGUAUCUUGAUUUAA